AUUUCAAACAAAAGAGGACCGUGAAUAAAAAAUAAAACAAAAGAAAGGGUUAAGUCAUUCUUCAUUCAUAUUAUAUUAACUAUUAAGUAUAAUAUAUUAGUAGAAAUCAUAUGAAAAACCCAUUGCAACGACACACAAAAUUUGCCCAUUCUCUCUCUUCAUGAACCUCUGUUUUCUGCAUCCAUUUAAACUUACCGCACAUCCAAAGCUCAUUCAUUCACACUGCCCCCACCUAUCUAAUCACUGCACAAAUACAAUUAUUGAUCAGGGUCUGUGUUAAAAGCCACCAUUUCCUCUUUCUUUUGGAAGAAGACAAAAACAGAGGACAACAGGGGAAAACAGAGCAAAAGGUGAAAUAUGGUGAGUGAGCAAAGAAUAGCAGAGGAGACCCUGCAGGAGUCCAAGGUGGCUGCUUUGGAGACCAGUGGCACAAUGAGUGGACCCCUCGCCGGAGCCGCCACCAGGACCCGCCGGCGCCGGAGGGUGGAGGCUAUGCAACUGGUUCUGAGAGGGUUGUGCAUGGCCUCCUCUGUUGUUUCAAUCUCACUCAUGGUCACUGCUAAGGAAUCUAGUUCUGUCAGUAUUUAUGGCUUUCAAUUACCUCUUCACUCCAAAUGGUCUUUCUCUGAGUCAUACGAGUAUCUUGUUGGGGUUUCUGCUGCUGUUGCAGCUCAUUCCAUGCUUCAACUACUCAUUGGCAUAUCCAGAUUUCUUAGGACUUCUUCUGUCAUACCUUCCAGAAAUCAUGCAUGGCUUAUUUUUGCUGGGGAUCAGGUAUUUGCAUAUGCAUUGAUGAGUGCUGGAUCUGCUGCAUCUGGGGUGACCAAUCUGAAUCGCACAGGAAUUAGACACACGGCUCUGCCAAAUUUUUGCAAGCCUUUGCACAAGUUUUGUGACCAUGUUGGGAUUUCAAUAGCCUUCACUUUCACCAGCUGUUUUUUGCUGGCUACAUCUGCUGUCCAAGAUGUAAUAUGGCUCUCCCAACACUGAAAACUUUCUUCAUCUUACUCUGAAACUAUGUCUUCCAUACAAUACAAUGAUCUUUAUCCUUUUAGACCUUCUGAUCAGUGUUCAUGUUCAUCAUUUCUAGUAUGCUAUGAAGCCACUGUAGUCACUUCCAUGUCAAUACGAUUGCUAUGAGCAAUCUUAUACUUUUUUACGUAUGUUAUAUACUUUCUCAAGAAAUUAUAGACUACAAACUAUCCUUUACAUGCAUUGCAAUUUCGACUA